AUGGCUGGUCAAAAAUCUAGCUGUGAGAGAGAUUUCACGGAAGGAGACGAAUUGGAGUCGGUGGAAGUCGUGGCCGACGAAAAAUCCCGAAAUCCUCCAAAGAAAAAGUACCACCUCCUAAUUAACUCGUACAUGAACAGCGGGUCUCGCUUUACAAGCAGUCUAUUUGGUUUUAGAUCGGACUCUUUCUACUUCUAUGAACCUUUAUGGAAUUUCCAUAUCUGGGAGUACUACCACGAGCCCAACUACGUCUGCAGCUCCAUAGACGGUUCAUCAAACUGCAGAGCGCUGUCAACUACUUAUGUAAACGCCCCAAAGCCAAAAGAACGCGUGAAAAAGCCGAAGGUCACCAACGUCAAAACGGACUCGACCAUUACGGGGCUAAUGAAUGACGUUCUAGAAGAUAUAUACUCAUGUGACUUCACUCGAAUCGAGAAUCUCGUGGUUAGCGGCGUGCACGACCUGGAAAGCCUCGCUGGACCAAGCUGGGCAAAAUACAAGAGUUGUGUUUUGGCGAGGAAGCCGAAAGUAACAUGUUUGAAAGAGCAGGAGCAGAGAUGCAAAGCAGCAACGCACAUUGUUACAAAAGUGUUAAGAAUAACCACAGGAUCCCUUCAACCAUUAUUGGAGAGAAAACCAAAUUUGAAAGUGAUACAGCUGUUUCGAAAUCCGUUCGCUGUUAUAAAUAGUAGGACGCACAGUAAGGGAUAUCCUGUGAGAGAUUUUACAGCAAAUGCGGCAAACCUAUGCAAGAAAAUGCACUGGGACUUCACCGGCGCUUUAGAACUUCAGAAGGAAUACCCAGGAAGGGUGAAAAUCAUAUUCUAUGAAGAUCUCAAAUCAGACGUAGAGGGAAAAAUGAAGACUUUGACGGAUUUUAUCGGAAUGGAUUAUGAUGUAAAUGUGAUUAAGAAAUAUAACACAGUGAAGACGAAUGUUGCUAAAGCGAACACACCAUCUCUAGUGAAAGAGAGAAAAGAAGACAAUGCCCAUUGGUGGAGGUCACAUAUGUCUUUUCCCACGUACCAGAAAACACUGGAUAAAUGUAGGGAGGUUGUUAAAGAGUUUAAUUUAACAGUUUUUACUGAUAGUAAAAUGUUGACUCAGUCUAACAUUUCUGAAUUGAUUCUACCAAAGUAUUUGACAAUAUGA